AGGAAGCUAGCUGCUCUGGGAAACGCCGGAAGAAGAAUCAGCGAGGCUAACAGCUAAGUUCGGUGUUUGGAAGUUGGAUCAUGGCGCUUGGAGACUGUUGGAAGCAGCUGUCCUGGUUUUACUACCAGUACCUCCUGGUGACAGCCCUGUAUAUGCUGGAGCCGUGGGAGAGGACCGUGUUCAACUCCCUGCUGAUCUCUGUGGCUGCCAUGGCCGUCUACACCGGCUACGUCUUCAUGCCACAACACAUCAUGGCUAUUCUCCACUACUUUGAAGUGGUCCAGUGACCCGGUUCCUCUCAGCCCGUCCCCUCCGCCUGCUGUCCAUCUGUCUAAAAGUCUCUUCUCUCCUCAUUUGAAACCAAACUGGAAUGCUGCGCUGGAGGCUGUUCGGGAAAAAGCCUUAAACCCUGAAACUGUCCUUCCCCCCUCUGGGAGGUAAAGAGAUGUUUCAGAAGGUGUUCACUUUGUUCAUGGACUGAGCUUUAUUUGGUUUCUAUUCACAUCAAACUUGUCCUGUAGUUUAAGCACUGGACAAUAAAUGAAAUACUGUAGUUGUUUAACUGGAUCCGUGUUGCACUGUUGGAGCAGAGUCGGGUCUCUGAAGGGGCUUCAUCUAAGGCGGCUCCUUCCAUCGGUUUUCAUCUGUCAGGAAGCUGAAGCAUUCCACUAACUUUGAAAUAAAAACAGCAUCAUGCCGCAAAAACCAGCCACUUGACUGUGUUGCAAAAGCUGUGAGGUUUUGAUCUUUAAAGGUAACAUUUUUUUUUCUUUUACAAAGUAGGAUGUUGUAGUCAUAAUUGUCCAGUUUUUUUUUUUUUCUUUUUACAAACUACUUUAAAUCCCACCAAUGGUGAUCAUCAGUUUUUCUUCAGAUCCUUGUUUUUCAAACUAAAAAAAAUGAAUCCAACUCCAAAGUAACAUCCUGCAGUUUUGAGCACAUUUUGUUGAUUAGGUUUCUCUUUUAUUGCCUGACUUAAAACUGACCAAUAAUGCUACAAAGUCUCCUUCACUAAUUAACAAUUUCAAGACUUUUAACUACACUAAGAAGCUGAGGUAUAAAAUGAAAAAAGCAGACUUUUUCCUCUAUAUGCAAUAGAUCUAAACCUGUGAACAUCUCUUUGAAAUGACUAAUGCUAUGUUCAGAUCGCACGCAGCAGGAGCUUCAUUUCUGAUGCUUUUAGUUUAGUUCUGAUGCGCGGCUGAAGUAUCUUUGCUGCUCGGUGGUAAAGUGAGACUGAUGCGCGGUGGGCGGAGCUACUCUAUCCUUUCUUUGCCUGGAACAAUGGCAGCUAUAUUAGCUGUGAUCAGCGGGUAAAAAGUUGUUUUAAUAUGUUUUUAAGUGAGAAGGUCCACCUGAAAACGUCCUCUGUUCAUCCAGAUGAAUAUUCUCUCUCUGUCUGAGCCACUCAGACCCCCGUACAAUGGCGGCGAGCUGUCACCGGGAAUACCGUUCAGUUGUGGCCUGGUCGCCUCUCUGUGGUUUUCCGCUACUAUUCGUGGCGGCUGGAAGGUGUUUUUCACAUAAUCCAAACUGCAGGCACCAGAAUGUUCAAAUCUAGCAUAUUUUCCUGGCAGGUUUUUGAAAUUUUAAGUUAAUUUAGGUGUUAAACGGUUUCAGAGGGGUGAUCAUAGCGCUCUGCAUCAGCAGUGCUGUCUGUCUCCCUGCCAGCUGAUUGGUUGAUGUGGAGUGUUGAGCAGCAAAUGUUAAAUUUUUCCAACUCCAGCAGCUGCUGCUUCUGAAGCGCCUCAGAAGCUCAUGAGACGCUGCUUUAGCUGCUCAGACGCGCUGCAGGACCUUUUGCUUUGCCUUGAUACAUGUCAGCCAUCGACAUUUCAUGGAAACUAGCUACUUCUGCUGCUAGCGGUCUGAACGUAGCAUAACUAUAAAUGUGCUUGUUUUUUUGAUUUGCAUUCAUUUUUCCAUUUAAAAUAAUUUAUUUUUUCUUGAAGUUUUCCCAUUCAGUUUAUCUGAGAUGAGACUGGAUUGUCUAUUUGUUGAAGAUAGCAGACGGUAAACGUUCUUUGGUAUUUAAUCAGAUUUUAUCUCUGAAAUGCUUGGACCAAAAGUCAACUCUCUAGGCAAUAGUGAACUUCACUGCAGCUUCAAUCUAAAUCCUUCUGCUCUCAGAUUUCCAGGUGUGGAAAUUUGGACCUCUGUUCUUUGGAUAUUUUGUUUCCAUUUAUUGGUUGAUAUAAACUCCCACUGCCACAGUUGACCUUUAGAAAUCUGUGACACGAUCUUUUUCAAUGUAUAUAAUCUUGUAUACAUAUUUGUAAAGUUUUGUAGUCCAAUAAUUUGUUUUGUGAAUCCAUUGUAAUACUGUUCUAUCUAUAUAUAGAUAUAUAUAGA